AUGGAUAUUGCUGUAGUGACUGGUAUUUCUCAGCCUGAUGAAGAAAUGCUAAACAACAAUGAUACAUACAAGGGAAAGUUAGAAGCAUCUAAUAUGAUUUGUCCCAAACCAGAUGUCUCUGUUCCAGAUAUUGACAGAAGUUUAUCUCAAAUAAUGUGUGAACAAAACACCCUGGAAAAACCUCCAUUAUCUUAUGUUGCUUUGAUAGCAAAGGCAAUUCUUGCCUCACCUUCAAAGAAACUCAGCUUAGCAGCUAUUUACAGAUACAUUGAAGAUAAUUUUCCUUUUUACAGGAAGCAAAGUCAAAGCUGGAGGAACAGCAUCAGGCAUAAUCUUUCACUCAAUGAUUGUUUUGUCAAAGUAGGAAGAUGUGAAGAUGGCAAAGGAAAUUAUUGGAGUAUCCACCCAACUAACUUCAAUGAUUUUGUGAACGGGGACUUUAGGCAACACCGCAGAUCACACAAGCGAGAGCACCAAAAGGAAUACGAGCCAUGUCUCAGCAUGACUCCCCUUGCACCGUGGGGAUACUGCUCUUGUUUAACCCUCACUUCCCGUUAUCAAAUGAAUUCCUACUUUUCAGAUCCUUUGUGGAAGAUGCAGUGUGGCAAUGGUCAAUAUUUUGCAAACACUUUCCAGAGAUGGGAGACUAAUGUUGCCUUCUCUCACAGAACAUUUUCAUCCCUGGUACAAUUUGAUCGAGCAAAGUGGGACCCUGUGGACUGGUUUUAUGGAUUACCCUCCUCUUCAACUGUGCAGCAGAACGUUUUCCUGAAUGUUCACCCGACAGCCCCUGCUUUUCUUUCUUUCUUUUCUUUCAAACAGCAGAACAGAGAAGCACUCAGCUCUAUCUGUGAGAACCUGAAAGGAUGCCACUUACACCGAAACAAGACCAACACAGUUGGACAUGACAUCGCUGAGGAUCAAUGCAUGCAGCAAUGAAGAAGGAGUGAUACAGCCAUCUACUAUAAAAGACAAUGGUGUUAUGUUGGGACUUCAUUAGAAGCGAGUACCAUUGAUUUUAAUGGAAAUGUCUUUCAUGUUAAAGUGUAGAUCAGGCUUAAAACUGUGUGCUGCAAAUUGAGAAGGCAAUACAUAUUGUUGUCACACCUGUUGCUUGUAAGAUGCUA